AUGGGCGAUAGCAGUGAUUCUGAAGAGUUCUAUGAUGCGGAAGACUUCACGCCCGCAAGAGGCUCAAAAAGAUCAUCGCUAUGUAAAAGUAUGAGUGUUACCGACAAUUCUAGCAGUGCAGACAAAGAGAAACCAUCAAUUUUAAAAGCUGAAGAAGUGCAGGUUGCGCCGUCUGUUUGUACCACCAGCCCAGCUACUAAAGAAACACCUGUUGACGAAAGGUCUACAGUUAAACAUGUGGUGCAAGGCAGACGUAGGUUUCAAGAGCUUCGCAGGUGUAUGCAAACUGAGGAAGAGGAUGAGCCAGAGGUACCUCAAGCAUCAGAACAUACAUAUGCAUUGGAACAUCCAUUCAAAAUUAUAUCCCACGAUACGAUGAGCUUGCAAAGUAUGACGUCAUUGGGAAGGAUCGGCAGGAUACUGAGCGGAGCAGCUGAAUCACAUCCAAAUAUACGAGAGAAUAAUCCAGCCCCGUCUGCCUCGUCAAGGGAACCCUCAACAUGUGAUGAUCCACUUGCUACGGAUCGGACGCAAAACGUGCUGGCGAUGGCCGAGCCGGAUGUGAUAGCGAGUACGAAGGCGAACAGCCUCAAGCAUAACCGGGGUUCGUCAGCCGUUGUGGCUGUCUGUCACACCUCUUGUCUUCCAGCCCCUGUAGCGCCCCCUCGGAAGAAAAAGCGCAACAAACUCCACGGGUCUCAAUCGCUGUCAACUACUGAGGGUGAUAAUCUCAGCGUGUGUACUACUGACACGGAUGAAUUACGAUACGUGAGGCGGGAUAAGCCACAUCUUGAUACGUUGAGGGUUGAGGCCGCACAACCCAUUCCACCGAAUCAAUGUAUGGCUUUACCGAGUCCCGCCAGCACAAUCGAAUCACUGACCAGAGAGUUCCAGGACUCAUUAGAACUCUCACAUUCCAAAUAUGCAAGUGAUAUGUCUCUACCAGAGAUGUGGUCUUCCCCGGCUGCACCCCCUGUACGGCCUAAUGUUGCAACUGUAGCACCGCAUACAAAAGAUGCCUUAGCUGUUAAUGGUGCUCGUGGCGAGAACGAGUGUCGUACGUCACGUACGCACAGCGAAGGACGGCCGCUGACUUCUAGUUUAGGGUCCAAUGGCAGACGUUCGGAAACGUCGCGCGCUCGUCGUCGCUCAGCGGGCGAUUCGCCUGCGGAAGGCGAGGGAGAGGGUCUCAGGGCAAGAUGCGUCUCCGGAAGGCAGCUCUCAGAUAUAGAGAUACUGGAGCAGGUCACCGUGCUUAAUCUUGAUACUGGAGAACGCAUGCCGCUAAGCGUCGCCGAACACAAGUUGCCUCAAUGCAUCAAUCCUCUAAGUCUCCACAUCAUGCGACUGACUUCAGAGUACAUAGGACGGACUAACGAUGACGAACACAACAGUCGGUCAAGCAGUCCCCUCGUCCAAUUGAAGAGACGGCCAAUGAGUGUGUGGAAACGCUGGUCGGUUUACAGUACUGGGGUCUUGCGAAGAUCGCCUUCCGCGCCCCUACAUCUGACCGAGUCUAGCUUCUCCAUCGAUAAUAGAGAGACAGAUGAGGAAAGUGAAAGUGUCUGCGCUGGUGGCGUAGAAGAUGAGACAAAAGAGGCGAAGAGAGAGUCCGCUGACAGACAAACUACGGCCAUCAAACGGAAAACUGACAAGCUGAAGCGAUUCUUCGGUACAACAGUAAAAAAGACAGUGGAUGCUGCAAAAUCCCUAGCACAAGAGGUGUCUCAUGCCAGACAUAAAGAAGAUGUGGCAGAAAUUGCUGAUGACGUUCGCGGGGAGCAUAAUAUUAAGCUGAAAGCUUCGAACUCUCAUAAGGGACCUUAUGACUUUGAUGGAUGUGUGAGAUAUGUUCAGGAGCUGGGAAGUAUGGAGGCGGGCGUGGGUGGUCACGUGGGAGCGGUUUGGUGUUGCAAGUUCAGUGUGUGCGGACGAUUGCUAGCCACCGCUGGUCAGGACCGAUUGUUGAGGGUCUGGGUCACUAGGGACGCACACCACAUGUUCCAGGAUAUGCGCACAAAAUACAAUGCCGAACAAAAGUCGUCACCUACCCCCUCCCAAGAAUCUCUCGCGUCCCUCGCCCCCCCUCCAUCUCCCGAUCACCUGCCCCCUCUCGGCCCCGGCGCCCCUUUCUCCCCCCACCCCUUCUGCGUAUACUCCGGACACAAUUCGGAUCUUCUAGACGUCUCCUGGUCCAAAAACUACUUCAUACUGUCCAGUUCUAUGGACAAAACUGUCAGAUUGUGGCACAUUUCGAGGGGGGAGUGCCUCUGCUGCUUCCAACAUAUCGAUUUUGUGACGGCGAUCGUGUUUCAUCCCAGGGAUGAUAGAUAUUUUCUGUCUGGAAGUCUGGAUGGGAAGUUGAGGCUCUGGAAUAUUCCUGAUAAGAAGGUCGCUGUAUGGAAUGAAGUUGACGGCAAAACGAAACUAAUAACCGCGGCUAACUUCUGUCAGAAUGGCAAAUUCGCUGUCGUCGGCACAUAUGACGGCAGAUGCAUCUUCUACACGACAGAUCAACUGAAAUACCACACACAGAUCGAUGUUCGAUCAACGAGGGGAAAGAACUCGACGGGGAGGAAAAUCAGUGGAAUUGAACCUAUGCCCAAUGAUGACAAAAUCCUGGUGACGUCAAACGAUAGUAGAGUGAGGCUAUAUGAUCUAAGGGAUUUGAAUUUAUCCUGCAAGUAUAAGGGAAAAGGUUACGUAAACGUCUCAAGCCAAAUAAAAGCGUCAUUUUCGCACGACGGAAAAUACAUAGUCAGCGGGUCGGAGAACCAGUGCAUCUAUAUCUGGAAGACCUGCCACGACUACUCCAAGUUCACGUCAGUCAGGCGGGACCGAAAUGACUUCUGGGAGGGAAUUAAGGCACACAACGCGGUGGUCACGUGUGCCAUAUUCGCCCCUAACCCUGAUAAUAUGAUUCGGACCAUUAAUGAGAGAGAAGAGAAGUUGAAUGAGAGUCGGGGAGAGAAAGAGGAAGUGAAGGCCCCGGAAGGUGGUAUGGUAUCGUCAUCUCAAACAGGUCAUGUUCUCGUAAGCGCCGACUUCAAUGGCUGUAUAAAAGUAUUUGUGCACAAAGCGAAACCCAAACACUCAUCACUACCAGCAUCUGCGCUUGCCUAA